CAUGGAAAUGGCUCCUGUGGAGGACGUGCUCCUGCCCACCAACCUCACCUCCAGCAACCAGAGCAGCUGCAAUGUGCACAACCACCACUUCUCAACCAAAGUCACCUUCUCCCUUUUCUACACCAUCCUUCUGGUGUUUGGUGCCUGUGGGAAUGUCCUGGCCCUCUAUAUCACUUUCCAGCGCAGGAAGAAGAAACUCAACUCCACCAACCUCUACCUGGUGAACCUGGCACUCUCCGAUGCCCUCUUCACCCUGGCGCUGCCGGGCAGGAUCGCCUACUACAUCCUGGAGUCUGACUGGCCCUUUGGGGACUGGUUCUGCCGGAUCACAGCUUUCCUUUUCUAUAUGAACACCUACGUGAGCAUCUACUUCAUGACCUGCGUGAGCGUGGACCGCUACGUGGCCGUGGUGCGCACCCGGCACCCCGGCAGGAUUCGGAAGAUGAGCCGGGCCAGGGCCAUCUGCGUCCUCAUCUGGUCCUUGGUGUUCCUGCAGACGGCUCCGCUGCUCCUGCGGCCCAUGACGCGCAGGAUGGGAGACAAACUGACCUGCAUGGAGUACUUCAACUUUGAGGAGAUUCCCAAUCUGCCCUACCUGCUCCUGGUGGCCUGCAUGCUUGGCUUCUUCCUGCCUGUGGGAAUCAUCUUGGUGUGCUAUGUGAGGAUCAACCUUAAGCUCUGCCAGACGGCCAAGGAGAACCCGCUGACAGUGAAGAACGGGCACCACCACCGGGCCUUCACUGUCAUCCUGGUGGUUCUGCUGGCUGUCCUGCUCUGCUUCAGCCCCUACCACCUCAACAUUGUCCAGUUCAUGGUCAGGAAGAUCCUCUACCAGCCAUCCUGCCGUGAGCAGCAAGCCUUCAAGAUGUCCCUGCAAAUCACGGUGGCGUUCAUGAAUCUCAACUGCUGCAUCGACCCCAUCAUCUAUUCCUUCGCCUUCCGGGGAUACAAGAGGAGGCUGCUCCGCAUCUUCAGGAACAGCGGCUCCCUGGCCACCUCCUCCACUGCCAAGACCCCCUCGGAGAGCAACAGCAACAGCCAGCAGCCUGGCUCCAGCUCUGUCUAGUAGCACCAGCCCCUCCCUUUGCCCUGGCCUGUG